AUGGAUGAGUGGCAAUUAUGUACACCACUUGCAUCAACUUUUACAGUCUUACUAUUAUCAUUCUCUGCAUGGUGGUGGCUUACGUCAUCAUCAUCUCGAAAGAAACCACCGUCGCCGCCAGCCUUCCCGAUCAUCGGAAACCUCCACCAGCUAGGGACUCUCCACCACCGUUCCCUCCACCAGUUAUCCAAGAAACACGGCCCACUCAUGCUCCUCCACUUGGGCUCGAAACCAACCCUAGUAGUUUCCGCGGCCGACGUAGCCAAACACGUCCUUAAAACGCACGACCUCUCGUUCGCAGACAAGCCGGUCCUCGGCUUUCUCAAGAAAAUAUUCUACGACUUGAAGGACCUGAUAAACUUACCCUACGGUGACGAAUGGCGGAAGCUGAGAAGCAUCGCCACCCGCGAGCUACUCAAUACCGCGAGCGUGAAAUCCUAUAACUCCAUUAGGGAACAAGAAAUCGGCCUCGUCGUCGAAAGGAUUACUCGAGACUACUGCUGUAGUAACAACAAUUCCUUGUCGGCCACGCCGCCACCUUUGAACUUGUCUGAUAUGUUUCUGUCGUUCUCGAACGAUUUAAUCUCACGCGCGGCUUUCGGGAAGAAGCACCUGAGCCGCGAGACGGCGCGUGGGGAGAAGUUCUUGACGACGAUGGUCGAAAUCGUCGGGCUGCUGUACAGCUUCACGGUGGGGGAAUUGAUUCCGUGGCUUGGUUGGAUUAAUUCUUUGAACGGCUAUAAUGCUGCCAUAGAUAGAGCUGUUAAGCUACGGGAUGAGGUUUUCGAUGACAUCAUCGAAGAACAUUUGAACAUGGUGGGGCCCACCGAGGGUAGUUCGGGUAAUAAACAUAAUUUUGUGGAUAAUUUGCUGAGUAUUUACAAGGGAUAUACUCCUGGUGUCUCCAUUGACCUCGUUUCUGUCAAAGCUCUAACGCUGGAUGUUCUCACAGCUGCAACCGAAACUUCGACGACCGCUCUAGUAUGGAUAAUGACGGAGCUCAUAAAGAACCCCAAAGUUAUGAAGAAACUGCAAGACGAAAUACGAGACGUUGCGAAAGGCGGAAAACAUUGCAUAAGCGACGAAGACAUACAAAAGAUGCAUUAUCUUAAAGCUGUAAUAAAGGAAACACUUCGCUGCCACCCUCCAAUAUCUGUAUACACUCGCUCCGCCAGAGAACGCGUAAACCUAAUGGGAUACGAAAUCCAACCGGAGACAAUGGUCCUGAUUAACGCGUGGGCUAUCGGGCGGGACCCGUCUUAUUGGGACGAGCCCGAAAAGUUUAUGCCUGAGAGAUUCUUGAACUCUUCUGUGGAUUUCAAGGGUUUCGAUUUCCAGUUGAUCCCGUUUGGCGCUGGAAGAAGAAUAUGCCCUGGAAUUGGAUUUGCGGAAGCUUCCAUUAAAUAUAUGAUAGCAAACCUCGUGCAUAAGUUCGAUUGGGCAUUGCCGGAUGGAGUGAAAGGAGAAGAGAUUGAUGUGACCGAAAAACCUGGACUUACAAUUGGGAAGAAACAUCCUCUUAUUGUUGUUCCAACUCUUAGUUUGAGUGCAUAGCUGUAGAAUAAAGGGUAAAUAGCACUUAAUCUCCCUGUGG